AUGUCAAGUUCAACAAAUUCAUCUACACGUGAUUAUAAUCAAAAACAAACAUCAACAAUAUUAAAUGGUUAUUUAAAAGAUCAUUUUAAUGUUUCAUUUAUUGAUUGUAAAUGUUGUUGUGAUGCAAGUAAAGAAAUUUCAAAAUGUCAAACAAAUUCAUUAGAAUUUUUACGUGAUAUUCAUGAAUAUAUAAAUAUACCUGAAUAUCGUCUCAAUUGUCGAUGUAUUUGUGGUGAUAAUGAACAAAAUAAUACACCGAUGAAAUUUGGUAUUAAUUUAACACCAGCGAAUGACUUAAAAUAA